UAUCAUGAGGGACUAGUAAGUAAUGGAUCUGAAGGGGGCCUCCGGCUAUAUUCCUUGAAGUAAAAGGCGAAACAGGAAGUAUAUAUUCACACAUAUUGUUCUCAUUCUUUAAUUUUGUUUUCAACAAUAUUGUCACUAGGCCAGCCGUCACCACCAAGGAACCCUCCUCCCUCUUUCAGUUUCUAUCCAUUUUAUUGUGCAAAUACCGUCACAUUUAUAUUCACUUUUCCAUGAAAGACCAAGAGCAAUCACAAGACCCUCAGCGACAGCAACCCCCAUCACCCAAAAUGGGCGAAGACAAGCAAGCUCCCCCUCUCUAUCCUAAACCCAGGCCACCAAGCAAAAGCCAAGGAGGUGCAGGCCGGUCCUUUUGCUUAUGUAUUUUCAUCUUCCUCCUCUUAGCAGGAGCCACAGCGCUUACUGUUUGGCUCAUCUACCGUCCCCACAAGCCUCGUUUCACUGUUGUCGAUGCUGCUAUCUAUGAACUCAACGCCACCUCACAACCCUUCAUUUCCACUUCCAUGCAGUUCACAAUUGUUACAAGAAACCCCAACAGGAGAGUCUCCAUCUUCUAUGAAAAGCUGCAAGCUUAUGUUUCGUAUAGAAACCAACAGAUUACUCCUCCAGUGGACUUGCUGCCACUGUACCAUGAGACAAAGAGCACGGUGGUACUGUCUCCGGUGCUUGGUAGCGAGACGGUGCCAGCAUCGGCAGAGGUGGUGAACGGACUGAUGAUGGAUGAAGCUUACGGAGUGGUGGUGCUGAGGGUGGUGAUGUUGGGAAAGUUGAGAUGGAAAACUGGAGCUAUAAAGACAGGAAAGUACGGAAUUUAUGUGAAAUGUGAUGUUUGGGUUGGUUUGAAGAAGGGAGUAGUAGGGCAGGUGCCUUUGCUUGGCGCUCCUCCCUGUAAAGUUGAUAUAUGAAUUAUGUAGAGAUAUGUAUAUGUAUCUCUAUCUGCUUUAUCAGAUAUGAAGUAUGUUGAGGAACAUCAAACAUGUACUCCUAAGCAAUGUGAUCAGAAAAAUUAAUGCAAAGGGGUUUCUUCUUCACUUUUUCACUAUCAUCUUUGUUUCAGUUCGACUGCAGAUCAGUGUAAACUAUGAAGUAGUAGCUUCUAGUUUGUUCUGAAAUUUGUGUUUUGUCGGUUUACAAUUUUUGAGAUGGAUUGCCACAUGGCCCCAAAGUUUAGACGCAUGGCUCUACAUGCGUCUAAAG